AUGUUAAAACAAACUAUUAAAAAAUGGAAUCAAUCAAUUGAACGAUAUGAGAGCGGUAAUGUUGGAGAAGCAUUAACUAUUUUAACAUCAAUUGAACAAAGUACAUCAAAGAUAAAUUAUAAUAUUGGUGUUAUGUAUAUAAAGAGUAAUAAUUUUAGAAAUGCAAUUGAAUAUUUCAAUCGAUCAGUUGAACAAGAUAAAUAUUUAGCAUCAUCCUAUUAUAUGAGAGCUAUCGCUCAUCAUAUGAAUGGAGAGUUAAAUCAUGCAAUUGUGGACUACGAUGAGACCAUAUCAAAACUCAGAGGUCAUGAAUACAUUGACUACAAACAAUUGGGAUUAGAUCAUAAAUUAUUAUUAGCUGAAGUACUUUUCAAUAAAGCAUUAGCAUUGGGUAGAGCCGGUUCGUCAGUUGCAUUACAAGCCACUCAAUGUUUUUCACAACCAUCUGAUUCACAAGAAUUUAAGAAUCAAUGUAAAAAAAUUCAAGAUGGUUCACAAUUAAAUUUUUCAACUAGACCAAUUCCAUUAUCAUUAUUAUUUAAACCACCAAAAGUUUCAGAUGCCCCACAAAAACAACGUUCUGCAACAACUUCUUCAAUUCAAUCUUCAUCUCCUUCCACACCAAUGUCAUCAUCACCACCAUCAUAUAUUUUAAAAGGACCAUCAUCGCCACCAUCAUCAUCUUCACCAUCAUCAUCUUCACCAUCACUGUCAUCCUCUUCUUCACCAAAAUUACCACCAACACCCAAACCAUCAUUUGGAUCAUCACCACCACCAUCAUCGUCAUCGUCAUCAUCAUCAUCAUCAUCAUCAUCAUCAUCAUCGAUAUCUCCAUUGACAAAUAAAACAUUACCACCGAAACCACCACCACUUCCAUCAAAGAAAUUACCAUCAAGACCAAUUAGUUGUGUGAUUCAAGAUGUUAAAAUUACAUUAAAAGUAUUUUAUAAAGAUAGACGUUUAAUUCAAAUUCCAGUACCAUGUAAUUUAUCAACCUUUAUACAAAAGAUUGAAUUAAAAUUUGAAAUUACAAUCUCUGAUAAAUUUUCACUUUCAUUUCAAUUGGAUGGUGAAGAAAAUGAAAUCAAUUCACAAGUUCAAUUAGAUAAAAUGAUUUGUAUGGAAAUUAAUGAAAUUAAUGUUAAAGAUAUUAUACCAUCACCAUCACCAUCACCAUCACCAUCACCAGAUAAAACUAAUAAUAGUACAUCAUCAUAUUCAUCAUCAUCAUCAUCAUCAUCAUCAUCAUCAUCAUCAUCAUCAUCAUCAUCAUAUGAUAAUAAACCAAAAUCAUCAUUUAUACCAAAAACUACAACUAGACCUAUUUUACCACCAACAACAACAACAACCACAAGCACUAGUAAUAAUUUUAAUAGGAAUGCAACAUUACCCAAAAAAUUUGGAUCAACACCAUCAUCACCUUCAUUCUCAUCUCCAUCAUCAUCAUCUAGUGGUGGCGGUGGUGGUCCACCAAUUCCAACUAGAGGUUCACCAUCAAUAUCUUUAUUAAAACAACAAAAUCAAACACAAUCUAUUAAUAUUCCACCAAAGGUACCAACUUCAUCAAGACCAAAAAUGACACAAUCUCAUUCACCACCAUCUUCUUCACCCUUAUCUUCUUAUUCAACUAGUUUCCAAUCAGUUUCAUCACCAUCUUUAUCCUCUUCAUAUAAUGGUAGCACUAGUAGCUAUGGUGGUUUUAGUUCAUCAAGACCACCACCCACACCAUAUCCUUAUCAAGUACUCUAUACUGAUAGUAAUGAAAAAUAUUAUUUAAAUACAGAAACUAAUGAAACAUUUUGGGAAUUACCUUAA